CAACUGGAGCUUACCAAAACCAUUUCCGGGUUACACACUGGGGAAUUUCUUUGACUUCAGCGGAGCUUCCACGGAACUCUCAGAACAAGUGAAGAGAGAGCUACAGGUAAGAGGAUGUGGGCUCAGCAGCAGAGGGGCAUCCACGUGAGCCAGGCCGAGCUGCUCUGCAAGGAUGGCUGCGGUUACUACGGCAACCCUGCCUGGCAGGGCUACUGCUCGAAGUGCUGGCGGGAACGCACACGACGCGGUUCCCAUGGAGACCGGCAGGACAGCAGCACCAGCCUCAACAGCAACAGCAGCGGAGGGGCCUCCCUCACCUUCUCCAAGUUCGAGGAGAAGAAGAGCAUUGAGACGGGCCGGAGGGUGAACACCAUGAGGAGGCUGCUCUGGGGCACCCCGUCCCCUCCCAAGCGACCAGGAGAGUCCUCCGAGGGCCAGGAGGCGCUGAAGGCCUUCCAGAGCCUGCAGCCGGGAGACUUCACCAGCUUCCUGAAGCUGCUCCGCCGGCCCUCCUCCCAGCGCCUGCAGUCCCGCUGCACCGCCUUCCUCAACACCAUGGAGGCCUACCAUGACCUGCCUGUGCAGAAGCAGUCGGACCUGGUGCAGGAUUUCUACCAGAACGCCGCGACUCAUUUCAACGGCAUGUCGGAGGAGCACGCAGCCCAGGUGAUGGAGCACAUGGAGAAGCUGAUCAUGACGCGGCUGCACAAGUGGGCGUUCUGUCACGACAGCAGCGACGACGAGCAGAAAGACCUCACCCUGCAGAGGAGGAUCCGGGCGCUGAACUGGGUCACCCCACAGAUGCUGCGUGUGCCUUUCCCUGAAGAGAACUCGGAGGUCAGCGACCCCUUCCUGCCUGCUAUCACAGCGAUCAUCGAGACGGACGCGAAGCGGGCCCCUCAGGACAAGCUCACCUGCGUGAGCAGGUGCAGUCAGAGCGUGUUCCAGGCCCUGGCGUCCUGCAGCCGCGAGCCGGCCAGCGCCGAUGACUUCCUGUCGGGCCUGAUCUACGUGGUGCUGAAGGCCAACCCGCCGCGGCUGUACUCCAACAUGCAGUACAUCAUCCGCUUCGGCCUGCCCCACAGCCUCAUGGCGGGGGAGAGCGGGUACUACUUCACCAACCUGUCCUGCGCUGUGGCCUUCAUUGAGAAGCUGGACGGUCCGGCCCUCAACCUGAGCCCGGAGGAGUUUGAGGCCUACAUGCAGGGCCGGCAGGUGGCCCCCCAGGGGAGCGAAUGCCAGCGGAGGGCCAGGGAGACCCGGGAGAAGCUCCAGGAGCUGGGCAGCCGGCAGGAGCAGGUGGCUCUGGGGGUGCAGGAUCUCCAGGAGCAGCUGCAGCGCUGGGUGCAGUCCGUGCAGGCGCAGGUGGAUGAGAUCACAGCCCUGGCACCACCUGCGCUCACUGAUGAGGUCACAGCCCAGUCCACACCUACACAGACAGAUGAGGUCACAGCAGUCUCUGCACCAGAGCAGGUGCAGGUGGAUGAGGUCACGGCCCAGUCAGAACCUGUGCAGACUGAUGAGGUCACGACUCAUUCGGUCCCGGCGCAGGUGGAUGAGGUCACAGUUCAGUCAAGUCCUCCACAGAUGGAUGAUAUUGCAACUAAUUCAGUACCGGCACAGGCUGAUGAUGUCACAGAUCUCUCUGUGCAGACCCAUGUGGCUGAGAUUACUGCCUAGGUGUGUGAGUACAUAUAACCUGACCUGGACAAGUAUGCAGCCAUCCUGUGCUUUUGCUGUGUGCAGGAACACGACACAUUCGCACAGAGAGGGCGCUAAAUUGAAUGCCAAGAUCUCAGUUUCUUCCCAGCUUUCUGUUCUGGUCGGACUCAAAGGGCCGGUGCACCCACAUUCCGUAGCCACACCCCUGGCCUUCCACAUUCCGCCAAACUGCCCUCAGAAUCUGUGAAAGCACACUUCUGCGUCUUUGCUCGAGUGUUACUGAAUGAGAGAGGCCCGCCAUAAUGACGUCCUCUGUUUGCAUUCAGGACCUUGUGCGGGUUAAAGGUUUCUCCACGCUUAAUUCCUUAUUUGUUGAGGCACACCCAGAAAGCGAUCCCGUAUUUAGGGCUGAGGAGAUUAGACUGGAUACUUCCUGCUUCUGAGGCCCAGUCUUGAGUUGCUGGAUGAAGGCCAAAUUGCACAAAUUCGCUACAUGAGUGCAGAUCAUGUGUUCGUGGUAUUUUACUGAAACUUAACAAAGCUGUAACUUUGAAAGGUCGCCUGCCUGUUGCUAUCGGUUGAAGUUUCGUACCCCAGUGGAGGAGAGGGUCUGGGUCCUGCGUUGCAUGCAUUGUCAGGUAGUGAUGUGUACAUGGCUUUCUCAUCUUUGUGCCAAAGUGCCUAAAACAGUUAAGCUUCUCUCCAGUGCCUUUCCAAACAUUCCUUUUUAUGAAAAGGAACGGAAUAACACCUCAGUAACUCACUAAUGAAACCACCGUGUGGAAAAAGUGUUUCUGCCCCCAAAACUAAUGUUAGUGGGGCACUCUCAUGUUUCUUCUUCUAUUGUAAUGUGUACUGUACUCCAUUUCACUUUACUUACAAGUAUUUGAUGAUGAUAACUUGGAGCACAAUGGUGCCUUCAUUGAGCGUUUAGUUCUGCAUAUGUAUUCUUCAAAAUUGUACAUACUAUGUUAUUAUAAAUACCUGUAGGAUUUAUCAUUCUCUCCUCUCUCCUAGUACUCUUCAGUAGCACAAAUACUAGUUGGGUAGGGCAGAGCAUGAUUAUGUGUGUGGAAGAAGCCUUGCUGUUUACACAUUUUAAAUAAAGUUCCCAAAGAUGAAGAUGAUUUAAUGUAAUAAUAAUUUAUGUAUUGUAUUCAAAAUAAAUAGAAGAACCUGA